CGGCGCGGCCGCGGAGGCGUCCCGCACGCGGCCGCCGACCACCUGCAAGUGGUGGCUGAAGGGCACCUGCAAGUUCGGCGACGACUGCAGGUACAGCCACAGAGGACCCGCGAGCCCGGCGGCGCAGAAGGCGACGGAGGGCGCCGCCGAGGUGGAGACGCUCGCCGGUCAGCCGGCCCCCAGCCCCGCCGAGCCUGCCGCGCAGGAGGAGCCGCCCACCGCGGCCGAGCAGGAGGCCGCGCCGGAGGCGGGGGACGACGACCCAGGCGGCGACGGCGACCCGCGCAGCGCCUUCUGCCAGGUCAUCUGGUGCGACCAGCGGGCUUUCAAGUCGGACUCCAAUUCGCUCCGAGCCGAGCUCGAUGGCGCAACCCAGUUGCAGGCCAAGGCGCACAAGACUGCCGAGAAAUGCAUCAGGCUGCUGCAGAAGAAGCGCCGCGCGCGCGAGAAGACAGAGGCACGGCCUCUCAGCGUGUUCUUGGUGUCGUGGGCCAACGCGCCCGAGCUGGUGGACUACCUGGCGGCUGCGCCGCACGUCGCAGCCAAGGUCGUGGUGCUGUGCGACACGUGCGGCGCCCGCGCGCGGGAGGCCGCCGAGAGGAGCGACGAGGCCUGCUGGAGCAUGCCCUCUUUCACCGUAGUCGUGGACCACUUCGGCGUGGAGCUGCCGCUCACGCUGAUCCCCCCAGCGCUGCUGAAGCGUCUGCUGCGCACGGAGUCGAUGGGCAAGCGCUUCGACAUCCGUCCCCCGUCGGACCUCACGGAGACCUCGGACCCAAGCUGCCCCGUUCUGAGCUGCGGGGGACAGCCCGAGGCGGACGAGUGCCCGUCGGCGGUGCCCUCGACUCCGUGCGCCUGGACUUUCUGGCUGACGGUGGGCAUUCUCAUCGGCGUUGUGGUGAGUUGGGCCGCGGUGCUGGCCCUCGGAGUCCUUCGAGGGGUGCUCGGCCACGUUCAUGUAUUGCUCGGCGGCUCGUCGGAUUCAGCUCAAGUACUCGUGCACUGUCCCAAUGAUGAGGGAGGCAUGUUCUGGCGCCACCGCACUCUGGUGAAAAAGGUCACAGCGGGGGUGUGGAUAGCUAUCACCCCCGACCUGGCGGUGGUGCGUCACAAUCUCUUAGAGCAGCGCCACCUGGUCCUGGACCGCAAUGUGAUGUUCCCUGCGGAUCGCCGAGCCGAAGUUUACGGCUUCGACCCUGUUCCUCGAGCUGAGAUUCUGGCUUUGAAGAGACAGGCCGCCGUUCAGGCGGCAAUGUUGGGCGACGGCGACCAUGGCGUCGGGAUGGAGUUGAUGCAGAGUCGGACCUGGCCACAGUCCAAGGGCGCGGCGCUGGCGAACGGUCUUGAGGUGUUCAUUGAGAAGGUUCAGGGCAACCAACUGCAGGAGUGGAAGGCCGCGCGCAGCUCGGAGGGAGAAGACCUCCGUACUCUGGGCGACCAUCGGGACUCCGCAGGCCGCCGUCAUCUCCCGCUUUCGGAUGCUGCGUCUUUGAUGCGCGAGACGAGCGUCGACGAUUGGGCCAUGCCUGGGCCACGAGUUGCUAAGGAGUGGCUUGUCUCGGUUCGGGAUGGCCCUGGAGAUCUUACCUCUUACCACGGGCAGUGGGUUCGCCGUUCGGGAGUCAGCGAGUCCUCGGCGGUGGCCCACGUUCAUUAUGUGCUGUGCGAGUCGGUUCGGUUGGCCAUUCGGACGGACCAGCUCGGUGUGACGAACUUGCCGAGCUCCGAACUCAUCAUGCGCAGGAUCUGCCAGGACGAGACCGCGGUGGCUCGCAACCCUCGCCAUCCUGACUACGGUGGGCUGAAAAUUUUGCUUCGCGCUCCGACCACCGAGCAGGGCCAGGCGAGCACAAACAGGUUCACGGAGUGGGUCACGGGCCGUCUCGAGGAGCAGGCCGCGAUCUACAGGCAGACUCGGUUGUGGAACGAGGAGCAGCGGGCCAUGCAGAAUGGAUAUUGGACAGCAUUGCGGAGCGCGUUGCCGCUGUGGGCCCCCCCCCCGCCUGGCCUGACGGCCGAGGGGGCCGCUCGCGAGCUGCUGGCUUCCAAGGGCCUGUACUGCCAGGAGCCGAAGAACCUCGCGCCGUUCGAUCUGACGAAGCUCAAGGUCGCAAAAGGGCGCGCUCGGCCUCGCUCUGUGGCUAACUUAUUGCCGCCCUUGCCUGCGGACAUGAUCCGCAACCCCGCAUUGUACAUCGAGAAGGAUCAGGGGGAGAUGGAGUUCAUGCGCCAGCACACCGAUCCUAUUCGUCCUUACUGGGAUCCCGUGCUUCGCUCGAGUCGGACUGAGCGUUGGCGACUCUUCAGGGUGCUGUAUGAGCUGGGACUGAUAACGUUCAGACGUCGUCUCCGAGCUCGCGCUGCCCUUGUCUUUGUGAAGAAAAAGAAGCCAGGUGAGAUUAGAAUGAUUGUGGGCGCUAGACAGGCCAACUCUCGUCAUCGUGCCCCUCCGACUUCAAGACUCGGUUCAGCUGGGGCCCUGGCGGACCUCGACCUCUCCGUGGGUGGCGAGUCCGUCGACGGCGUCGGCAGCGCGAUGGGCUGGGACCCCCGCGGGAACGAGGCCGAUGUCGAGGACUGCUUCUACAACUUCGCCGUCGAUGGCUUGGCGGAGUGGUUCGGUUUCGACGACCCGCUGCCCGCCGCCGAGAUCAGGGACACUUACGGCAUCAAUGUCGGAGCGUUCUGGGACCCCGAGCUGAGCAUGAUGGUCUCCGUGGAAGACGACAUGGUCUUGUACCCGUGCAUGCGUGCUAUGUGCAUGGGGUGGUCUUGGGCUCUGUACUUUGCGCAGGAGGCCGUGUCGGCUAUGACAGAGCGGGCGCUGCGCUCGCCGUCUCUGCCGACGCCUGCCAUGGUGAAGGAGCACCAUCCCGCCCCCGACUUGAGAGAGUCCAAGGUCAUGGGCAGCGUCUACGUGGCCGAAGCUGAUCGAUCUGGAUUGCCCAUCACGUGGUCCUAUCCUGAUGUGGUGACCCACCUCGAGACCGUGGGCGUUGAGAUCGACCUCAAGAAGGGGAAGCUUCGCAACAAGGCCUCCCGAGUGUGGCGAAUUGACUUGGCCACCCGCGCCCUCCUGCGUCGUGGCAAGAUGCGGGGGGGGCACAUGGAGGUCUGGCUAGGCCACGCUGUGUCGCUGCUGAUGCUGGCCAGGCCGGGAUACGCCGCGCCCUCAGCCACGUGCCGGUUCGCCGAGGUCGCCCGGGGUGUUCGGACCCCUCUCCCGCGCGAGGUCAUGCACGAGAUGAGGCUGGUCGUCGGACUGGUCUGGCUCGCGGAGGUCGACCUAGCUGCGCCCUACGUGCCGCGCGUCUACGCCAGCGACUCCGCCGACAACGGGCACGGCCUGAUGUACAAAAGGGCCUCGGACGAGGAGAUGCAGUCAGCCUUCCGCUGGAAGGAGAGGUGGAGCUUCAAGCAGCACCUCCGAGGCCCCCGUGUUGGCCUGACCUCGGCCGCUGAUGUCGCUGAGAUGGGCGGCUACAGGGAGGUGGACGAGGCGCAGCUGGAUUACGAGGUGGAGCCCCGUUGCCGCUCCGCCGAGCCGAGCGCUGGCUCUGACCCUGCCACGGCCUUCGGCCAGUGGCUGCAGAGCAGGGGGGGGGAGGGCUCUGCCUCCGCCGGGUCUCACCGGCCUCGCCCUCGCCGUCUGCGGCGGCGCCCAGUCGACCCUGGGGGCCCCGACGCCGAGUGCCUCAGCCAGGCGGGCCCCCUGGCGCCGCCGCUGCCUGCUUCCUGGUUCGACCCGGAAGGCUUCAAACUGGUCGCGGCGAGGCGCUGGCGCUGGCCUGGAGAGCACAUCUAUGUGAAGGAGAACCGCGAUGCGGUGAUGGGGCUGCGGCAUGCCUGUCGCGUCCGCCAGAAUUGCGGACGCCGCCUGAUUUCUCUCGUGGACUCCAUGGCAUGCGUUGGCUGCCUGGACAAAGGGCGGCCCAGCCGCUCAGCAGCUCUGAACGCACAAUGCCGGCGAGCUGCGGCCUACACCAUCGGCUGUAGAGUGCGUUGGAGGCUGCAGUAUGUCAACACGAAGUUUAACGUGGCCGACGCUCCAUCUCGUCGGUUCGAGCACAACUCCCCCGACAAAGGGCAUCCGCCCGCCGCGGCCGAGAGCGACAAGCAUCUGGGCCCGCAGCCUCCCGAGGACCAGGGCUUCUUGGAGCUGUUCUCGGGCGAGGGUGGGCUCUCCAGGGCGUUCGAGGAGCUUGGCUUGUCAACUCGCCCCUGCGUGGACAUCAAAGAUGGGGCUCACCACGACCUGCUGGACCCGAAAGUCCAGAACAUCAUCUUAGAGGACAUCCGAAAGGGGCGCUUCUGGUAUGUGCAUCUUGGGACACCCUGUUGCGUGUGGUCUCGGGCUCGUCACGGUAUCGUCAACUAUGAGAAAGCCGCGUACAAGGAGCGUGUGGGUGUAGCUCUCGCCCUGUUCAGCUGCCGCGUUGCUUAUGAAUGUUCGCGGAACGGAGUCUUCUGGAGCAUUGAGAACCCGAGAUCUUCCAGACUUUGGGACUUCGACCCCGUUCGAGAGCUCACUGACCUUCCUGACGUUGUUCGCGUGUGUUUGGUGCGCUGCAGUUACGGGGCCUCGCACAUGAAACCGACAGCGAUUCUCACUAACCUGUCAGCCCUGAGUUCCUUGGCUCCAGUGUGCUCCAGAGAUCAUUCGCGUGUUGAGCUCGGGGGUUUCGAGACCGUGACGUUGCCAUCUGGGGCUCGUGUUUCUCGCAAUCGUGCGGCAGGCGCUGGGGCCUACCCCCGCAGCCUCUGCCAGGCAUGGGCCCUGGCCGCAGGCAUGUCGGCGCCCGCGGUGGCCCGCAACGGCCCCGACGCACCUGACGGCGGGGACCUGGAGGCCCGGCUUCGCGAUGCUGCGCGACGGCCGGCUUCGCGCGCCCGCGAGCGCCUCCGACCAGCUCGGCAGCGGCUUCAAGCGGAGCCUGACCUCGGGCUCGCUGGCGCCGCCGACUCGGACGGUCUCGAGAGCAGGUAUGACCACCUGCGGCCUUUCAUCGUCUUCGGUCAGGACUCCAACCUCGAGGCGAUCAAGGGCCGCAACCUGAGCUUCGGUCCGAGGGCGCCUGUCCCUGCGGAUGGGGGCGCCGCCCGCUUCGGCUCGAUCACCUCGACGUCGCUCGAGCGAUAUGGGGCCGCAGUCCGAGAGUUUUUCGAGUGGGCGAAGCGUUCAGAUGAUCUCAGGCAAGCUCCAGAGUCCUUCAUC